CCAUCCAAAGCUGCCGAUCAGUAUUCAAGAUUUUGAGUCCAAGUGAUCAUUAUUUUUUAACUAAGAAAAUGAAAACGUUAUUAUGUUUGUUUGCCCUAAUUGUGAUCAGCGCCGCGAACACAAUUCAGAUUCCAUCGAUCGAUCAGCUACGGGCAGGAGUCCCACAUCCACCGCCACCUCGAGUCUUGUUCCGAGCAGCGCGCGCUGUAGAAAUGCCUGAAGCUCUGAAGGACUCUUCUCCUCAGCAAGAGGCCGUCGAAAGUAAUGGCGAUGAUAUGGAAAAAGCAGAAACGUUUGGAUUCGGUUUCCACAAACACGUGCAUGUCUACCCAUCUUACGGUGGUGGCUACUACGGAGGAUACGGAGGCUACUACGGAGGAUAUCAGCCUUAUGGGUACAAUUAUGGAUAUAACUAUCCCUAUUAUUACUAGUCACUUUAAAAAAGAUUCCUUUACAACUGUCGAAAACAUGAAUAUAUUGCUGGACAACAAA